CAGUGACGUCCACCGGAAGUGAAACUAAAAGGCUCCAGCAGCAGCGUGUGUGGACUCAGCAGGAAGACGGUUGUGUUUUCGUUUCUCAGCUGAAUCUUUGCGUAGUUUCAGCAACAAUGUCUUCAGUUCAGCAUCUGAGAGAGUUUAUCAGAGAGCGACUAACUGCUGCUGCUGAAGAAAUCUUCUCAGAGGUUGAGAAAACCAUCGUCCGCUACGAGGAAGACGCCAGACUGCUGGAAAGCUGCUGGAGACCCCAGAUAAAACUCCCCAGAAUCGACCUCCAAAAGCCACAUGUCUCCAUGGAGGAGGAAGCUUCUUCCAUCCAACAGCUCUGCAACCAGAGGAGAAGGUCCAGUCAUGACCAGGAGGAAGGAGAACCUCAGUGGUCUGAAGAGGAACAGAUGGAACCAGAACCUCUUCUGACUGAAGAACAGAGGGAACCAGAACCUCCAUUUAUUAAAGAAGAACAUGUAGAGCCUGAGUCUGCAUGGUCUGAAGAGGAACAACAGAAACCAGAACGUCCACGGAUUGAGAAUGAAAUGGAAAAAGUUUCUUCAAGGCUUAAACAUGAACAACAGGAUCCUGAACAUUUACCAACUAGAAGGGAGCAGGAGAAUGUCUGCAGCAGUAAAGGGGGAGAGCAGCUUGUCCAGAAGCAGCCCGUUGCUCUAAUGGAGACCUUUACCCUUCAGGAACGUGAAGGAGAACCAAGAACUGAGCAGCUUUCCUUUCAUAUCUCUCCUGUAGUUCAGACCAAAGACCACAAAGGAAGCAGCUCCAUUGGGUCAGAGAGUCAGUCUUUCACUGACACAAAGAAAAUGUCUUUAAAAUGUGAUGUUUGUGGGAAGUCUUUGAAGCACAAGAGUCAAUUGAAAAAUCAUUACAGAACCCACACAGGUGAGAGGCCUUUUUCUUGUCAGACAUGCGGAAAAGGUUUCACUGGACUGAGUAAUUUAAAUGUUCACAUUCGAACCCACACAGGUGAGAGGCCUUUUGUUUGUCAGACAUGUGGAAAAAGUUUCUCUCACUUAUGUUCUUUACAAGUUCACAUGAGAACCCACACUGGUGAGAGGCCUUUUUCUUGUCAGACAUGCGGAAAAAGUUUCACUGGACUGAGUAAUUUAAAUGUUCACAUUCGAACCCACACAGGUGAGAGGCCUUUUUCUUGUCAGAUAUGUGGAAAAAGAUUCACUAUACUGAGUAAUUUAAAUGGUCACAAGAGAAUCCACACAGGUGAGAGGCCUUUUUCUUGUCAGAUAUGUGGAAAAAGAUUCACUAUACGGAGUAAUUUAAAUAGUCACAAGAGAAUCCACAUAGGUGAGAGGCUUUUUUCUUGAGGAACAUUUCAGAAUCAGAAUCAAGUUUAUUGGCAAGUAGGUUUGCACUUACAAGGAAUUUAACUUGGUGUUGAUGGUGCAGACAAAAUAGAUACAUAUACAGAGCUAUAUACAUAGUAGACGCAGAAGGUCUGUAGAUGCUACGUUGGUGUAGCUUGUAGGUCCUGAAUGGGGGAGGGAGAGAGGCCCCGUCACAUUGUCAAGUGUGACGGGGCUCUGGACCUUGUUAAUAAGGCUGGUAGCGGAUCGGGAGAAACUGUUCUUGUGGCGUGAGAUUUUAAAAAUAAUAAUAAUAAUAAUAAUAAUACAUUUAAUUUAUA